AUGGCCACUAAACUCUCCUCGAAAACCAAAAAGGCCAUAACCCUCAAAGGCUCUACACAGAUCGUCACCGAGUUUCUGAAAUACGCAUCGUAUACAAUCCUGUAUCAACGUGGCGUCUAUCCUCAGGAUGAUUUUCAUUUUGUUAAAAAAUAUGGGCAAACGCUACUAGUUAGCCAAGACCCUGCUCUAGAAAGAUACUUGGAUAACGUGCUAAAGCAAGUUCAUGAGUGGAUCAUGAAGGGCGAUGUCUCACAAAUCGUGUUGGCUAUUUUAACACGAGAGACGGGCGAGCCACUAGAAAGGUGGACGUUCGAUAUCCACGUCACGGAGGCUGCGCCCGGCGUGCUGGAAGGAACUGCCCCUUCCAAACCGGAUUCGGAAAUUCAAUCGGAAAUUCGUGCUAUCUUAAAACAGAUCUCCAGUGCUAUCACAUUCCUACCUGAUCACUAUGACCCUACUACUUUCAAGUUGCUUGCUUAUACAAGAGACAGCGGCGAGGCUCCUGUCGGUGAAUGGGUAGGCUCGGAUGCGCAUCUAUUGCCAGCUGCCGAAGCGCAACAAGUCAAACUUCGGAGCUUUAGCACAGACUUACAUCGGAUCGAAGCAAUGGUGGCUUAUCGCUAUACGGGCGACAACGCAUGA